CUGAGAUGGCUGAGCAUCAAGAGCUUGGAAACUUUAAUCUUCAAAUUCCAGCUUGUUUACAAGAAAGUGAUCAUGACGGAAUACCAAGUGAUGAUGAUACUAUUUUUGCAACAAUAAGCAUGGCAGAACUUCUUGGGGUAGUACCACCCGAGAUAUCAGAAUUGUUGAAUGAAGCAUUAAGCAGCAUUGAUACUGUUAACCCUCCAACAGAGCCAAAACCUGAUCAAAAUAAUGUUCAUCAAACUGAAGAAUGUGACCAGGAACCUGAAGCCAAGAAAUCAAGAUUCUCAAGUGUCUCUAGUCAUGAUUUGGAGCAAUUAUUUGCGGAAAGACAAGCACCAAGCACUAAAAAAAUACAGCCUGGGGGGUGAAAAUAUUUCAAGAAUGGAACAAGGAGACAACAGGAGCACAGUUGGAUAUGGGAAUUGUUCCUGUCCAUCAACUUGCUGAAAGUCUGGGGAAAUUCUACUGUGAAGCUCGGCCUCUCCCCAAAAAUGAAAAUGACGUAGAGAAUCUGUACCACAGGAACAGCCUCAUCAGCAUAAGAGCAGCAAUCAACCGUCAUUUAUCAGACAUUCACAGGAAUGUUGAUAUUGUUCGCGACACAGAGUUUAAAACGCCCAAUGGUAUACUUGAUGGGUUACUGAAACAGAGAACAAGACUUGGCCUUUCUAAACCGGUCACACAUAAAGAAAUUAUUGACCAAGAUGACCUGGAAAAAAUGUCCUCCUACUUUGAUGCUGCUCCUUAUUCCCCGGUAAUAUUACGACAGUAUGUAUGGUAUGUACUAGCUGUCCAUUUCCUGUCACGAGGGAUGGAAUUCCAUCAUCAACUGAAACCAGACUCAUUUGUCUUCGAAAGCGACAGCUCUGGUGAAUAUGCAACACUGUCGCACGAAACACAGCAAAAAAACAUACAAGGUGGCCUAUCGCAUUCUGGUGAAAAUGGAAAACGGAUGUAUGCAAGCGGUAACAGUAAGUGUCCAGUCAAAAUGCUAAAAAGACUCAUUGAAAAAACAGACCCUACUGCAACGAGUUUGUUUAACCAAUUUGACAAAAGUGCAGUAAUGAAACCGAUCGAAUCGGCAAUUUGGUACACCAAUAAAUCUUUGUCAAAACGCACAUUCGCGAAAUUCAUGUCCAACAUAUGUGUGGCAGCCAAGAUCGACAAAAAGUACACCCCUCAUUGUCUCCGAGCAACAGCUAUACAGUUCCUGAACGACCAAGGUUAUGAGGCACGACAUAUCAUGUACAUGAGUGAUCACAGAUGCGAGUCGUCCCUCAGAUCGUACAACAGAAAUGUAGCAAAUCACCAGAAGAAAGCCCUCAGUUCAUCAUUGUCCGCCAUCGUCCAACCGAAAGCGAAACAUGGCGUGCUCGAGGUUCAGUCAUACGCUACAUCACCUCCGAGCGACUUAACAGUGUCACUACCGAACUUACCGGUAUCUUCUGGUUUGAUCCCGAACACCAGCUCCCUGUCUCAAGUGUCUGUGAGGUCCACAAACAAUUUUCCGCCUGGAUUUUUCAGCAAUUCAACCUUCUCCGGUUGCACAAUCACCGUCAACAACCUGCCGGACUGCAAAUAACUCUGACCUGAUUACUGCGGGCUUCCGUUGAGUGCGUGCGCCGGA